CAGCAUAAUAUAGCUGAAAUUAAUGGUUGUGGCUUACCCUCCAUGGCCAUCCAUCAGUUUGGUGGCUAAUGUGAAACAGCAAAGGUGUCUGACUUACAAGUUGCUACAAGAGAAAUGAAAUGAUUCCAUACCCAAACCCUGCCCCCAACUCUAAAAAUUUCCUGCUUUUUGUUCAUCAAUAAUGAAUGGCCCAUCCCAGCAAUACUCAGAGGGAGCUUACAUUGCACUUCUGAGCAGCCGGUUAGUAAUGUACAGUGGAUAGAGCCUUUCUUUCAAAUCCCAGGGCAGCGGGCCCUUCAAGGCUAGCAUUGCAUUUUCAAUUAGCUGCUGAGUGACCGCCUGGCAUGUAUUAGUGAAGAGGCACACAAUUAGCUUAUUACUCCUUUCUGUAUUGUGCUGAGAGGAUCCGAGGGAUUGGUGGGGGAACAGACAAGCCAGGCAUAAUUGUGGAUGUUGAAGUUCCUCGGACCUCGGCAUCUUCACUCGCUCGCUCUGGAAUUACAGCUAUUUAUUACGAAGAGCUCUGUGUGGCUGGGUGGAGUGCGCCUGAGGACACACAUCCCAGACAACACCUGGGGUUAGUCUUUCUUAGCCCUUCACAUCUCUGACCAUUCUCAUCACUGUCAUGGAGCCCAACAGUCCGAAAAAGAUACAAUUUGCUGUACCUUUAUUCCAGAGUCAAAUUGCUCCUGAAGCAGCAGAGCAGAUCAGGAAAAGACGACCUACACCAGCAUCACUUGUGAUUCUCAAUGAACAUAACCCCCCAGAAAUAGAUGACAAGAGGGUGACCAACACACAAGCAGAAUCCCAGAAUGCCUCCCCUAAGCAAAGGAAGCAGAGCGUGUACACGCCGCCUGCCAUGAAAGGGGUUAAGCAUCUGAAAGGCCAGAGUGAAUCAGCAUUCCCUGAAGAAGAAGAAGGUGUGAAUGAAAGAGAGGAGCAAUGGGACCAUUAAUCACAGGUCUGCCCCAAGACAGUUUCUUGGGAAUAACCGAACUAUUCACUCCUCUGAACCUCGCAUGGGACGCCACUGCUUGACUUCAGAAGCGUUGUCUAUCUGUGCCCUCCACACUCAUACAGUAGUAACACACCUCCUGGGAAGCCCUCUUUGGUUGAACUUUAGAGCUAAGUACAGAUGGUUCCGUAUUACUUACAUUUAAGGAACAAUAAGCAUUUAUUUUAUGGUGAUUUUUUUCUUUUUAAUGACAUAGACGUUUGCAAACACGUGAGUGUUCUAACUUUAAUACUGCUGAGCUUAAUCCUUAUGUCCUACAGAUAGGAUUUGCCUUCUAAGGUCAAAUGUAAAUAGCAUCACUUUAAGAGUAAAAAAAUAAAUAUUAAAUACAUUUAAA